CAUUUUAAAAUGAAGUCUGUAUAGACUUUAAUAUUUUUAUUUUUUUAUUUUAAUAUGAGUUUUUACAUUUUCAAAAUAAAGUUUGUGUGUGCAUACAUGCAUGCAUACAUAUACUUUAGGCAUUAAAUUAUUUCAAAUGGUUUAUUAUAUCAUUUGAAUAUUAGUUUAUUAGAUUGUCAAAAGUAUUUACUUUUUUAUACAAUUGUAAACAGUCGUGAAGGAGGGGCACAGACAUUUUGUGAUUUUGUCUUUGAAACAUAUUUUGCAUGCUAUGGUAAUGUUUAGAAUAUUUUUACUUUUUAUUUAUUUAUUUUUUUUAAAAAAGGUGAGAUUUUGCUUUUGUUAAUCUGGUGUCUAUAAUUUGCAUACUUUUCUAGAUAAUUUAGUCGAACAUUUAAUACCAAGUAAUAUUAUAGACUGUAAAAAGAGUAAUAUCAGUGUUGCAGCAACCGGACGUGACGCAGGAGUGACGUUCCAAAGGUAUAUCUUUUACUGCGGCUAACCUACUGGUAUAAAUCACUGCGUUCAAAUAAUGCACGUAGUGUUUUAAACAAAACUGACAUGCUGUACUACUGACUUUUUAAAGGAGCUCUCUGAAUUACAUUACAACGGCAAUAGUUUUGGCCGGUUCAGACUUGUAUUUUUGACUAUUCGGCGCUAUCAGACAGUCCUGCGAGUAUGCUUGUCUAGUAUGCAGUAUGUGGAGCGUCUCUGAAGCGCUGAAGUAAUUGGUCGCAGUGUCUUGAUCAUUACGUGCAGGGGGACGCGAUAAAAUGGGUCGAAGUCGCUGUGAUAAGUUAUAAAUCUUGUUAAAAGAGUUAAAAUGGACUAUAGACACAAGAGGAGACUGACGUUCUUCACUAUAGGGCUGAUCUUCUUACUGAGCGGCAUUGAGUACGCUGUGAUUUUGCCGACAAUAUGGAGGUAUCUGCAGACGUUGGAUGCGGCGCCGUACUUUCUUGGCCUCAGCCUAUCAGCAUUCAGCUUCAGUGGGCUUCUCACUGGUCCUUUGUUUGGCCACUGGUCAGAUCGCACACUCAGCACCAAGAAAAUCAUCCUGUUCGCCAAUGUCUUUGAGAUUAUUGGUAAUUUCAUGUAUUUUAUGGGUUACUCCAAAUGGUUAUUGCUCUGCAGUCGUCUAGUUGCAGGUAUCGGCACUGGUGCUGGAUCAUCUAUCUUUGGCUUCUUGACUAGAAAUACGGCCCCUGAGGACCGUUCAACAGUUUUCGCUGCGGUUAUGGCCUGCCGUCAGGCUGGGCUUCUCAUUGGUCCUGCAUUCAAUAUCUUUCUCAGACUCUGUAACUUCCAGGUUGGACCUUUUACAGUGAAUAAAUACACUUCCCCAGGGCUUUUCAUGUGCCUGCUGUGGAUCCUCCUUCAGUUUGUAGUCCUGUUCAUGUACUGGGACUUCACUCCUCAAGACGAUGGGCAUCAGAGGAAUGGAGUGGUGCAGGAAGAGGUAGAGCAGGAAGAUGAGGAGAACGAAGAGGGCAAACCUUUGGUUGGGCCCAAUGAGCUCACUGGGUCAUACGGGACGGUCACCAGUGUCCAGUCCAGAGCCUCUUCCAUGGCCAAUGGCAAUGUGACUCAUGUUUCUCCUCCGCCUUCACCUCCACCUGAGGAUAUCAGCUCCAGUCCCUUCAAGAACUUCAGUGCCAGCAGAGAGUUCCUCCGUGAGGAGGUGGUUGUGCUGUUGGCAGCUCAGUUUAUCACACUGUUUAAUCAGACUGCUCUGGAGACUAUGGUGACUCCUCUGACGCAGAAGUUCUUUAACUUCGGCGAGUUGGAAAACAGCAUCAUGUACUGUAUAUGUGGCAUAGAGGUGAUCGCUGGGUUCCUGUUCGUGCGCUGGUUAAGCAAGCGUGUGGCGGAGCGAGUAGUGCUGGCCAUUGGCCUCAUCCUCUGCAAUAUUUCCUGCGUCUGGUGCCUGAUCUUCCUGGCCAAUCCUCAGGGUGGAUUUGCAUGGCAGCUGGCAGAGUUCAUCAUUGGUGUUUUCCUUCAGGUCCUGGGCCUCCCUUUUGUGGCGGUUGCCCAGGUGUCACUCUUCUCCAAAAUUACAUCACAGAAGACGCAAGGGUUCAGUCAGGGGAUACGCCGUUCUGUCGGAGGACUUGCCACCAUCCUUGGUCCUCUCUGGGCUGGUGGUUUGACCUCUGACCUUUAUGUGAUGAUGGGGCUGAUGAUGGGUCUGCUUGCCCUACUUACCAUCAUGAUGAUGGUGUCAUAUGAGCGUCUGGUGGAGCCUGUAACAGUGGACAGUCCGGCAGGCACUGAAUCUGAAGACUGAAACAGGGUUGACAUCAACUAUAAUGUGCCGUUGUUGGUGAACAAGCUGUUUACUGAAACAUUUGACUCCAAUAAAUCUUUUGGAAUCGGUCUAGGGUUGAUUCACUAACACGUGCUGAGCUUCCACUGGUGACGACUAAAGAGACUCUGCAUUUACUGCAGGAACAAAAAUAAGUGGCAGUGAGUGGAGACUUCAGGAGUGGGGUAAGACCAAAAUUACAAACAAAUGACAAAAGAAGGUGAAUAUUUGGAUGUCUUCAUCUUUGCUCUGUGCAGAGGUUUGAUCAAGGCAAAGACUCUUUUUAUGAAUGUAAAUUUCUACUAUAUUUCCUAUGGAAAUUGCAGUAGAUCAAAUGUUUUAUGAUUAGGAACGAACAGGCCACAUUCCAAUGGAAGAUCCAUUUAUGUGAGUCAUGAUGUUUUUAUAGUAAUAAAGAGAUUAAUGCAUUAAGUUUAGGAAAAUAUAUAUUUUGGGCUAUGUUGCUGAUUGAUGGUUGAAUAAAAGAGAAUAUUAUUACUA